GCUACGCCGAGUCCCCUUCAUAACAAAUGCAUGGGGUGUAACAUCUCUUUAUUAUUGCCUGCUCCAAGAUCUUUCCAUCUCUAUUUGUUUGUUUUCUCUCUUUCAUUCACAAUGAUGAGUCAUCUGGUUUUUUUUUUUUCUUUAAGUGUCAAUUUUCUGCAGUUUUAAUGAUCAAGGGCGCUUGGGUUUUGUCUUGGAUUUGCGUGUUAUGAUGAUGAUCGAAGGCCAUCUCAGACUAGUUCUCAUUCUAGUAUCAGAACAUUUUCCUUGUAGGGUUUUCUAUGUUCCGAUUGCUUCUUUUAUCAGAUCUUAAAAGGUUAAAAGGGUUGGAUUCCCAAUUCUCUCUACCUAUUUGCUCCAAGCGAAGUAGCUUUUGUUUUUUAGUGUCAUGGUUUCCUUUUAUGAUUAUCUUACAAUUCUCAAAAAAUGAUUAUCUAUAUUGUACAAUUAACGAUUUAGAAAACUUGGGUUGUUCCUGCUUACAUUUGUUUGUCUUUUGUGGUUGCUAUGAGGAUUCAAUCAAAGCUUUGACAAGGUUAGAUCUAUUAUUUUUGUGGUGAUUCUUUAUUUCUGUAUUUAUGGUGUUAAAACUUUAGGGUUUCUGUUGGUUUUGUUUGUUUGCGUUUGGUGAUCCAGGACACUUUAGAGCCAUAUGUUUUUCUUCGUGUAAGUAAUAUUUCACAUCUGUAUCUUUCCUUUACAAGGAUGAUCAGAAGCGGUAGAUAUCAUUGAUUAGAGUAGCAUUACAGUUGCUGUUGCAAUGCUGUUCUGAUUGUUCUUUUCGAGCUUAAACUUUCUUGACCUCUUUCCACUAGGUUGAUUUUUUUUUUUUUUUUGUAAAAAAAAAAGUGAUCGAGGUUUGUUGAUGACAAUGGAGUUCUAGUAGUUCUUCAUUGCAGUUACCCUUCAUAAUUUUUAUUUUGUAUUCUUAGACACCUUUCAUGCAUUCUUGAGAUCUAGUUUUCAUCGUAAGUAUAUCAAACCAUCUUUGGCACAAGUAUCUUAGUUUUUAUUGAUGGAGGACACACUAUGUUGUUGUCUUCAGUUUCCUUCUUAUUCAUGAUCACGAAAUAAGAGUCUAAUUUUCAUAUAUACAAGUAUUUUCCAUCUUACUUGAUCAUUUUUGAAAAAUUUCAGAUCAAAGUACUAGCUGCAUUUAUAUAAUAUCCUAUCUCUUCUUAUUAUUUAUAGAAUUAAAUCUGUUGAUCCAUCUCCCUCCAAAAAUUCUUCUUGAUGUUUCUUGUUAUUCUCUCUCCUACGGAUUAUUCUCUUUCAUUUUAUCUCAAAAUAUUUGUCUCUCUCACUCUCGAAAAGAAAAGGAGAAACUCUCUCUCUCUCCCUUGAUAAUUCCAAUAGUAGUUUCUCUUCUAGAUCCAAUGAGUUAGUCCACCCAUCCUCUUUUCUCGAACAAACUGGUCUAGCUAUUACCUUUUCCAUUGUAUGGCCUCUCUCUGUUCCUUUCUCCCUCGUCCCACGAUCGAUCUCUAUCUCUCUUCAUACUUCUUGUAAUAAUCCCUCUUCUAGACCCAAUUAUUCACACUAUCCAUCUCUUCCUCAAACAAAUCAAUCUAGCUACUACCUUUAACAUGGUUUAGCUUUGCUCGUUCGCUCCUCUCUCCCUCUCAUAGUUCUUUCUUGGAAUAAUGUCUUCUAGAUCUAUUCAGCCUAUCCAUACUCUUUAAACAAAUUGCAGCCCCCUUUAAUAUAUAUUUUAUAGCUUUUAUCAUCUCUCUCUCUCUAUAUAUAUAUCUCGCGUAGAUGCAUAGCCAACCCAAGAUGCAACACCAAUACCCAAAGGAUCGACACAUUUAGACUUUCCUGCUGCUGCUGCUUCUGCUGCUGCUUGUUAUUCUAUAUUAAAUACCUGUAAAGUCGGCAUUCGGAGUUAGUUAUUCUACCGGGCCCAAGGUCCGCAGAUGUGCCAUGGAAUUCCUAGACAAAGGGACAAAGGGGUCAGAAAGCCGUGCAGAGCUCAGUGUGCUCUCCUUUUUAGCUUCUCCUUGGCAGGCCUGAUCCAAGAAAGAACCCACACCACCUUUUCCCCUUGGAACAAGAAGCGCAUGCUCUCUCCUUGCAAACGUCAGCCACUUGUCCCGUGGUCAGGGGACCUCACCAUUGGAGCCCUCACUCCCGUCUUUCUGUUCUUUUUUUCUUCUUUAGGUUGUGUUAUCUCUCUCUCCCCCCCCCACCCCUCUAUUCUAUGUUGCAUGAGGAAAGUUUCUCAGCAAUUAGAACAUUAAGUUGCAUGACAGUGGGAAGCUGAGGACAGCUUUCUGAUGAAAAUUAAGUUUCUCAGAAAUUAGAAAAUUCAGUUGCAUGACAGUGGGAAGCUAUGAGAAGAUAAUUAAAUAACCCAUGGCAGUCACUUACUGAUGAAAUUUCUCUUUGCUAGGAAGAGGAGAUCCGCAACUCCUGGCAAGAAAUUUAUGGGAACUGUUUCGCGAAGUCGAGCGAUUUGCUAUAUCGUAAUUAUGUGGUUGUACUUAUCAAAGAGCUUAGAAAAUCUACAUUCUACCUGUACAUUUUAGAUUUUCUUUUUCUGUCUAAAAACACAUGAAUUUUUGAACUUAAAAGCACGAGGUAAAAGAAAUCUUUAUUUUCUUUGCUAGCUGCUUGAGUUCUCGUAUGGAUACCACGAACAGUUCAUUUUAUUUGUUGGGCUUUAAAGUAUGCUACUGUUGAAAUUAAUGUUGUAUGAUGUUAAGAAUUGGUAGUUCUGUAAUUUUGUUUUUCUAAUCAGCUCCAAAACUAAAUGCUGAAAUUAUUUUAUUUUCUUGCUAUUUUCAUAUUGGUGCUUGAAAGUAGAGGUAUUUCCCUGUGGGGACUUCAUGGUAUUUCACUAACCAUGAUCUUAAGUAUAAUAACUAUAUGCAGUCAACCUUUUCCUCCACCCAGCAAGACUAGCACACAAAUAAACUGACAGUAAAAACUUCAUAGUUGCUCCUUUGACUGUCUUUCUUUAAGUGAUAUAGAAAAUUAUAUUACUUGCAAGUUCUUUUUGUUGGCAGUGUAUAGAAAAUAUGAUUGUUAAAAAUAUAGGAUAAUUGGUGUGAGAUUUUCUCUGCAUAUUUUCUCCUUAUUCAGAUCUCCUAUGGUGAAUGCUCUGCAUGUGAAUAAAAAUAUGCAGUGCUAUUUUCUCUCUGCAUCACUCUCCUUUUCUUUUAUUCCCUUGUCUAUAUUGGAGCUAUGAUUCUUGGUGGACUAAUGGAGCACAUGUUCUUUGGAGAAUCAUUUCCACCAUGUACCUUCAGGGGGACAACAUCAUUAGCUGGAACUGUAUGCCUCUGGUUCUUGCUCAGGCCAUUGCAGUGCCAGCUGCUAAACUUGAACCACCCUAACUCCUCUCUGACCUUAUCGAACACACAGAACACAUCAUAACUCUUUUCUUCUCCAGGGCCUUGUGUCCGGUAAAUAAUUUCUCUUCCUUUUGGGAUGCUGAAAAAGCCUGGUCUAUGACACAUGGCUUCAUGUGGUUUGAAGAAUUCUUUUAAUAAUGACGUCUGUGUGCUUGUGCUGUUGCAUUGCCUACGAGAUUAUGGGUGAGUGGAAUUUGAUGCAGGUGAUGGACUCCAUGGAAUCGUGUGUUCCUCCUGGGUUUAGAUUCCAUCCUACUGAUGAGGAGCUCGUCGGCUAUUACCUUAAGAAGAAGGUGGCUUCUCAAAAGAUAGACCUUGAUGUCAUCAGAGACAUUGAUCUCUACAGAAUCGAACCAUGGGAUCUUCAAGAACGGUGUCGGAUUGGAUAUGAAGAGCAAAGUGAGUGGUACUUCUUCAGCCACAAGGACAGGAAGUACCCAACAGGCACAAGGACGAAUAGGGCAACAUUGGCUGGGUUUUGGAAGGCCACAGGCCGAGACAAGGCCGUCCAUGACAAGAACAAGCUUAUUGGCAUGAGAAAGACACUGGUUUUCUACAAAGGAAGAGCACCAAAUGGACAGAAGACUGACUGGAUCAUGCAUGAGUACAGGCUUGAGUCUGAAGAGAAUGGACCACCUCAGGAAGAAGGCUGGGUCGUUUGCCGAGCAUUCAAGAAACGAAGUGCCUGCCCAACGAGGAGCGCUGUCGAUGUGUGGGACUCCAACUUUGGCUAUGACGAGGCCAGCAGGGCGAGCUCCUCCUUUGCUGACCCUAUCGAAUACCUCCAGAGGCAGCCCGAGAGUCUCCUCUGCAAGCAGGAGACCGAGCUUGACCCCCUGAACCUCUUGCACUCAAACCAGUUUCUUCAACUCCCGCAACUGGAGAGCCCCUCCCUGCCCCUACCGAAGCCGCCUAGCCUACUGUCCGUGGCCGCAGAGAACGAAGACGAGGAGCCAACAAGAGGGUGCAAUGCCAUCGAGAAGGUGACGGACUGGAGAGCCCUCGAUAAGUUCGUCGCGUCCCAGUUGAGCCAGGAGGAUGGGUUCAGCGCCGAACGAGUUGUCUCGGAUUUUGGUGUAGACGAUGACUCGGACAUGGCGUUGCUGCUUCUUCAGAGCGGAAGGGAGGAGGUGGGCAAAUUGAACGGGUUCUUGAGCUCCGGCGGACCAGACUGCGACGUAGGCAUCUGUGUAUUUGAGAAAUAACGAGCCUAUAUGGAGAGGUGCAAGUGUGGUUGCUCGAUCAAAACUCGUUCUUUCUUUCUUCUUUAUUCUAUGUAUGUUUGUGAUUGGUUAUUAUAAGUGGGGCUUUCAUGGUGUAGAGGAACAGUUGCUGCAAUGAGCUUUGUGUUUUAGCUCCACUAUCUCCUGCUGCUGUUACGAGUCUUGUUGGAAAAAUGGGAAAGCAAAAUUCUAUGUUCAGGUUAUCAACAAAGUAUUGUCAUAUAAAAUAACAAA